ACGGCGAGUGUUGUGCGACAACGGCUAAGUUGACGACACACGUGUGUACAGUUCACAGUCCGCUCGGCUCGGUGCUGUUGACGGAACAUGGCGAAGUUCUCCAAGAAGAAGGUGAACAGGAGGAAGGUGGAGGCGAGCGGCGAGGGGCCGGAGCAGGUGGUCCGCGACCCCGGCGAACAGCACGAGGGUCUGAACGAGGCAGAUGGACACGUCAGUGAGGAGCAGGAGGAGGACGAGGAGGAAGAGCAGGAGGACGAGGAGGAAGAGGAGGACGGCGGCGGCGACAAAGAUGAACGCAGACGCCAGAAGCUGCUGGAGGCCAUCAACGCGCUGGGCGGUAAGAGGCAGAAGAAGCUGGGGGAGAGAUCCGAGGCCGCCGUGCUCAUGUCGGAGUUCACGAUCAACGCGGAGGGGGAGGGGGAGCGAGUGGACCUGUCCGACCUCAUCGGCACCGUGGAGAAGAACCGCGCGGUCCCGGCCAAGACCCGGAAGCAGCUGAAGAACCUGCAGCAGAGCAAGCGCACAGUCGAGUGUCCCCUCAGCAAGCAGGAGACGGAGAGGAUCCAGAGAGACGUGUCUUUUCAGAAGGCAGCGAGCGAGGUGUCCCGGUGGAAAGGCAUCAUCAGACAGAACCAGAGGGCCGAGCAGCUGGUCUUCCCCCUCAACCAGGAGCCCGCUGGCCCCAAACCCAUGGAGAGGGUGGUGUCCGGCUGGAAGGCGCAAACGCCGUUGGAGCAGGAAGUGUUUGCCCUUCUGACUGCCAACAAGCAGCCGGUCCACGACCCCAUCCUGACCCCCACGGAGGAGGCUUCCCUGAGGGCCAUGAGCCUGGAGGAGGCCAAGAUCCGCCGCGCAGAGCUGCAGAAGGCCCGGGUCCUGCAGUCCUACUACGAGGCCAAGGCCCGGAGAGAGAGGAAGAUCAAGAGCAAGAAAUACCACAAAGUGCACAACAAGGCCAAGCGUAAAGAGUUCCUGAAACAGUUCGACGAGAUGGUGAAGACGGACCCGGCCACUGCCCUGGAGGAGCUGGACAAGAUGCAGACGGCCCGUAUGCAGGAGAGGAUGUCACUGAAGCAUCAGAACAGCGGCAAGUGGGCCAGGUCCAAGGCCCUCCUGGCCAAGUAUGACGAGGAUGCUCGCAAAGCAAUGCAGCAGCAGCUGGAGGUGAACAAGGAGCUGACCCAGAAGCUGGUGACAUCGCUGAAUAAUGAGCAAGAGGAGGAGGAGGAGGAGGAGGAAGAAGCAGGCCAUCCAGAGCUGAUGCCUGAUUUUGUAAAUGAUGCAGAGCGAGGGCUGGAUUCUUCAAAUCCCUGGAUGAGAGGAAAGCUCUCUGAAGAGCCCACAGAGAGCGAGAGGUGUGGCUCUUUGGAUCUCACAGAGGAGGCGUCUGGAGUGGGAGGGGGUACAGCUGAAGAAGAAGAGGAGGGGGAGGAGGAGGAGGAGGGGGAGGGAAAAGAAGAGGAAGCACUCCUCAGAGAGUUUGACCAGAGGAGGAAACUGCGUCAGGUCCAGGAGGCAGACACAGGCCCUGUACUGUCUGUGGAUGAUGAUGAGGGGAUGGUUGAGGAGGAUGAAGCUGCAGCAGAAGAGGAGGAGCAGCUUUCUGAGUUCACCAGCCUCUUCCAAGAAAUGGCAAACAGCCGGCGGGAUGUCAUGGCGGAGCAGGCUGAGGCAGCACCAGACACUUCUGUUCAGCUGGAAGAAGGGCGGAGGAGAAUCUGCACUGUGGAGGACGUGGAACUCCUCAGUCAGGAGGAAGUGGCCCCUGAUGAAGCCCCUGUUCAGCCCCAGCUGCCCCCAGCCACAGAAAACAUGUUGUCUGCUCCUCAAAAGACAGGAAAAAAUAGAAAACGGAAGAGAGGGAUUGAGCUUAAAGAAGUUCUCACCACAGAGGCAAAAGUCCUCAGAAUACCACUCGCUCCAACAGUGGAGGACACGGAGGAAUCGGAUGGAAAGCUGGACCAGAGGGGGCUCAUCAAAGAGGCCUUCGCCGGAGAUGACAUCAUCUCCGACUUCCUCAGGGACAAGAGGAAUCAGGAAGACGCAGGGAAGCCGAAGGUGGUGGACCUGACGCUCCCUGGAUGGGGCGAGUGGGGGGGCGGGGGCGUCAAGCCAUCCCGCAACAAACGGCGGAGGUUCCGGGUGAAGACGGCGCCGCCUCCGCCCAGGAAGGAUCAGCAUCUGCCCACUGUCAUUAUCUCAGAGAAGAGGAACAGCUCCAUCAGCCUCCACCAGGUGAACUCUCUGCCCUUCCCCUUCGAGAGCCACACUCAGUUCCAGAGCACGGUGCGCUCCCCCAUGGGCCGCACCUGGAACACGGAGCGCAUGGUGAAGAAGAUCACCAAGCCCAAGGUGGUCACCCAACUGGGCGCCAUCAUCAAGCCCAUGGCUCGGGAGGAGCUGAUGAAGGACGCCAGUAAUAAUAGUAGUGUGGACUCACUGAGAAGAAAACAUUAAGAACAAUAACUCUGAGUUGAUCAGAAGUGGAUGCGGUCGACAGUAUGGGAUGAUAGUCUGUUCAAAAUCUAUGAUGUAAGAAUUUUUCAGCAUUGAGGAAGCUGAAAUCAUGUGUACGACAAAUUGAAUUUUUCAUAUUGUGAUGAUCAAUUUUUAGACUUAAAAUAAAUUCCACCUGUGGAGUCACAAGCUCA